AUGGGACAAGCCGCAACUUUACCCUGCAGAAAAGGUGGUACAUAUGUCAUCGAGCUUUAUAAGUGGUUCAGAAAGUUCCUGAAUGAAUGUCCCAGUGGACUGAUCUCCCUCCAUAAGUUUAGAUGUCACUUCUGCAAUGGAACUGUAGGAAAAGAGCAGGUUUUUAGUGAAGUAAAGUACAGCAGAGAUGGAGUUGUGGAUUUCAGAGAAUAUGUGACAGCUAUCGGCAUGUUGUUUGAGGGCAUGACGGUGGAAGACAAAGAUGGAGCCAUCACACGCUCAGAGAUGCUUGAAAUCAUGCAGACCAUGUGA